AUGGCUCCUGCCGCUGCCAAGCGUGUUGCCACUCUUUCUGUAAAGCCUGCUGCUGUUGCUCUUACACAAAGACGUUUCAACUCUACUGGAACUGAGAUGACUGUUCGUGAAGCUUUGAACCAAGCUUUAGAGGAAGAAAUGGUCAAGGAUGAUAAAGUUUAUAUUCUCGGUGAAGAAGUUGCUCAAUACAAUGGUGCUUACAAGGUUACCAAAGGUUUAUUAGACAAGUUCGGUCCCAAGCGUGUGAUCGAUACUCCUAUCACCGAAAUGGGUUUCGCUGGUAUUGCUGUUGGUUCUGCUUUCUGUGGUUUGAAGCCCGUUUGUGAGUUCAUGACCUUUAACUUUGCCAUGCAGGCCAUUGAUCAAAUUGUCAACUCUGCUGCCAAGACCCAUUACAUGUCUGGUGGUCUCGUUCAAUGUCCCAUUGUUUUCCGUGGACCUAACGGUGCUGCUGCUGGUGUCGGUGCUCAACAUUCUCAAGAUUUCUCUGCCUGGUACGGUUCCGUUCCUGGUCUCAAGGUUGUCUCUCCUUGGAACUCUGAGGAUGCCAAGGGUUUGUUAAAGGCUGCUAUUCGUGACCCUAACCCCGUUGUUGUUCUCGAGAACGAGCUUGAAUACGGUACCUCUUACCCCAUGUCUGCCGAAGCUUUGUCUUCUGAUUUCGUCAUUGAUAUUGGUAAGGCCAAGAUUGAGCGUGUUGGUAAGGAUAUCACCAUUGUUGCCCAUUCCAGAACUGUUGGUUUUGCCAUGAAGGCCGCUGAGGAGUUGGCCAAGACCGGUGUCUCUGCUGAAGUCAUCAACCUUAGAUCCAUCAAGCCUCUUGAUACCGAAACCAUCUUCAACUCCAUCAAGAAGACCAACCACAUCAUUACUGUUGAGAACGCUUGGGCUGCUUUCGGUGUUGGUUCCGAGAUCUCUGCCCAAAUCAUGGAGAGCGAUGCUUUCUGGCAUUUAGAUGCUCCCAUGUCUCGUGUCACUGGUGCUGAUGUUCCUACUCCCUAUGCUGCUAACCUCGAAGGUCUUGCCUUCCCUGAUACCAACGUUAUUGUCAAGGCUGCUAGAGAUAACUUGGACAAGAAGAUUGGUUUCUAA